AUGGCGACUGCAAUCAGGGAGGUGGGAGUUUGGAGACAGACCAGAACACUCCUACUGAAGAAUUAUCUCAUUAAAUGCAGGACUAAAAAAAGUAGUGUUCAGGAAAUUCUUUUUCCACUGUUUUUUUUAUUUUGGUUAAUAUUAAUUAGUAUGCUGCAUCCAAAUAAGAAAUUUGAAGAAGUGCCUGAUAUAGAACUUAAUACUGGGGGAAAGCCUGCCUUCUCUAACCUAAUUCUUGGAUAUACUCCUGUGACUAAUCUUACGCAAAGCAUCAUGGAGAAAGUGUCUGCUGCACACCUUCCUGAUGUCAUCAUUUAUGAAGAAUAUGCAAACGAAAAACAAUUGGUAACAUCCAGUGUUUCUAAGCCCAGUAACUUUGUCGGUGUGGUUUUCAAAGACUUCAUGUCCUAUGAACUUCGUUUUUUUCCUGACAAGAUUCCCGUAUCUUCUGUUUAUGUGGAUUCGAGAGCUGGCGAGUCCUCUCAGUACUGGUCCUCGGGAUUCACCACUUUACAGAUGUACAUAGAUGCUGCCAUUAUAGAGUUGAAGACCAAUGUUUCCCUGUGGAAGGAGCUGCAGUCAACGAAAGUUAUCGUUAUGGGAGAAGCUGCUAUUGUGGAGAUAGAUACCUUUCCCCGAGGAGUAAUUUUAAUAUACUUAGUUAUAGCAUUUUCACCUUUUGGAUACUUUUUGGCAAUUCACAUUGUAGCCGAAAAAGAGAAAAAGUUAAAAGAAUUUUUAAAGAUAAUGGGACUUCAUGAUACUGCCUUUUGGCUUUCCUGGGUCCUUCUGUAUACGAGUCUGAUUUUCCUCAUGUCCCUCCUCAUGGCAGUCAUCGCAACGGCCUCCUCAUUAUUCCCGCAAAGUAGCUGCUUCGUGAUCUUUCUACUCUUUUUCCUGUAUGGGCUAUCAUCUGUUUUCUUUGCAUUAAUGCUGACGCCUCUGUUUAAAAAAUCAAAACACGUGGGAAUAGUUGAAUUUUUAGUCACGGUGGCUUUCGGAUUUGUUGGCCUUUUGAUAGUCCUUAUGGACAAUUUCCCCAAAUCCUUAGUGUGGCUUUUCUGCCCCUUCUGUCAGUGUACUUUUUUGAUUGGCAUUGCACAGGUCAUGCAUUUAGAAGACUUUAAUGAAGGUGCUUUGUUUUCUAACGUGGCAGAAGGCCCGUAUCCUCUCAUUGUUACCCUGAUCAUGCUAGCACUUAAUAGUACAUUUUACGUCCUCAUGGCUGUCUAUCUUGAUCAAGUCAUUCCAGGUGAAUUUGGCUUACGGAGAUCAUCUUUCUAUUUUCUGAAACCCUCAUAUUGGUCAAAGAACAAAAGAAAUUAUAAGGAAUUAUCAGAAGGCAAUGUGAAUGGGAGUAUUACUUUUAGUGAAAUUGUUGAGCCUGUUUCUUCAGAAUUUCUAGGGAAAGAAGCCAUCAGAAUCAGUGGCAUUCAAAAGGCAUACAGAAAAAACAGUGAAACUGUGGAGGCUUUGAGAAACUUGUCAUUUGAUAUAUAUGAAGGUCAGAUUACUGCAUUACUUGGCCACAGUGGAACAGGAAAGAGUACACUGAUGAAUAUUCUUUGUGGACUUUGCCCGCCCUCUGAUGGAUUUGCAUCGAUAUAUGGACACAGAGUCUCAGAGAUAGAUGAAAUGUUUGAAGCAAGAAAAAUGAUUGGCAUUUGUCCACAAUUAGAUAUACACUUUGAUGUUCUGACAGUAGAAGAAAAUUUAUCAAUUUUGGCUUCCAUCAAAGGCAUACCAGCCAACAAUAUAAUACAAGAAGUACAGAAGGUUUUACUGGAUUUAGACAUCCAGACCAUCAAAGAUAACCAAGCUAAAAAGUUAAGUGGUGGUCAAAAAAGAAAGCUGUCUUUAGGAAUUGCUGUUCUUGGGAAUCCUAAGGUACUCCUGCUAGAUGAACCAACAGCAGGAAUGGACCCCUGUUCACGCCACAUUGUCUGGAAUCUUCUAAAAUACAGAAAAGCCAAUCGGGUGAUCGUGUUUAGUACUCAUUUCAUGGAUGAAGCGGACAUCCUUGCUGAUAGGAAAGCUGUCAUAUCACAAGGAAUGUUGAAAUGUGUUGGCUCUUCACUUUUUCUCAAAAGUAAAUGGGGGAUUGGCUACCGUCUGAGCAUGUACAUAGACAGAUACUGUGCCACUGAGUCUCUCUCUUCAAUGGUGAAACAACACAUACCCGGAGCCACUGUCUUGCAGCAGAAUGACCAACAACUUGUAUAUAGCUUGCCUUUUAAAGACAUGGACAAAUUUUCAGGUCUAUUUGCAGACCUAGACACGCACUCUAGUUUGGGUGUUAUUUCUUACGGUGUUUCCAUGACAACUUUGGAAGAUGUAUUUUUAAAGCUAGAAGUUGAAGCAGAAAUUGACCAAGCAGAUUAUAGUGUAUUCACUCAGCAGCCACUCGAGGAAGAAAUGGAUUCAAAAUCAUUUGAUGAAAUGGAGCAGAGCUUACUUAUUCUUUCUGAAACCAAGGCUUCCCUAGUGAACACCAUGAGCCUUUGGAAACAGCAGGCGUUCAUGAUAGCCAAGUUUCAUCUCCUUACCCUGAAACGUGAAAGUAAAUCCGUGAGAUCAGUGUUGCUUCUGCUUUUAAUUUUUUUUGCAGUUCAGAUUUUUAUGUUUCUGGUGCAUCACUCUCUUAAAAAUGCAGUGGUUCCCAUCAAACUUGUCCCAGACUUAUAUUUCCUAAAACUUGGAGAUCAGCCACAUAAGUAUAAAACAAGUCUGCUUCUUCAAAACUCUACUGACUCAGAUAUCAGUGAUCUUAUUAGCUUUUUCACAAACCAAGACAUAAUGGUGACGAUUUUUAAUGACAGUGAUUACAUAGCUGCCGCUCCGCACAGCGCAGCUUUAAACGUGAUGCCAUCCGACAAGGACUAUGUGUUUUCAGCUGUUUUCAACACCUCUAUGAUUUAUUCUUUACCUGUGUUGAUGAACAUUAUUAGUAAUUAUUAUCUUUAUCAUUUAAACGUGACUGAAAGUAUCCAGAUAUGGAGCACUCCGUUCUUUCAAGAAGUUACAGACAUAGUCUUUAAAGUUGAGCUGUAUUUUCAAGCAGCUUUGCUUGGAAUUAUUGUCACUGCAAUGCCACCGUACUUUGCCAUGGAAAAUGCCGAGAAUCAUAAGAUCAGAGCGUACACGCAGCUUAAACUUUCUGGCCUUUUUCCAUCGGCAUAUUGGAUUGGACAAGCUAUCGUUGACAUCCCCUUCUUUUUUAUUGUCCUUACUUUGAUGCUGGGAAGCUUAUUUGCAUUCCAUUAUGGACUAUAUUUUUAUGCUGUGAAGUUCCUGUCUGUGAUCUUUUGCCUGAUAGCUUAUGUUCCAUCCGUUAUUCUGUUUACCUAUAUUGCGUCUUUCACCUUUAAGAAAAUCUUAAAUACCAAGGAAUUUUGGUCAUUUAUCUAUUCUGUGACAGCCUUGGUUUGCAUUGUAAUCACCGAAAUAGCUUUCCUUAUGGGUUACUUGGCUUCAACUAUUCUUCAUUAUACUUUUUGCAUCGUCAUUCCAAUCUAUCCACUUCUAGGUUGCCUGAUUUCUUUUAUAAAGAUUUCUUGGAAGAAUAACCAAAAAAAUGAUGACAUUUAUAAUUCAUGGGAUAGACUUUUGGUGGCUGCUGUAUCGCCGUACUUGCAGUGUGUACUGUGGAUUUUCCUCUUACAAUACUAUGAGCGAAAGUAUGGAGGCAGGUCCAUAAGAAAGGAUCCCUUUUUCAGGACCUUCUCAACAAAGCCCAAAAAUAGAAAGUCUCCAGAGCCACCAAACAAUGAAGACGAAGAUGAAGAUGUCAAAGCUGAAAGACUGAAGGUCAGGGAACUGAUGACCUGCCCGUGCUGUGAGGAGAAACCAGCUAUUAUGGUCUGCAAUUUGCAUAAAGAAUAUGACGACAAGAAAGACUUUCUUACAAGAAAAAUAAAGAAAGUGGCAACUAAAUAUGUCUCUUUCUGUGUGAAAAAAGGUGAGAUCCUGGGACUCUUGGGCCCAAAUGGUGCAGGCAAAAGCACAAUUAUUAACAUUCUGGUUGGUGACAUUGAACCAAGUUCAGGCCAGAUCUUUCUAGGUGGCUACACUUCCGAGCCGACCGAAGGCGAUGACUGCACCAAGUACCUGGGGUACUGUCCCCAGUUGAACCCACUCUGGCCGGACAGUACACUGCAGGAGCAUUUUGAGAUUUACGGAGCUGUGAAGGGAAUGAGUGCAAAUGAUAUGAAAGAAGUCAUCAGCAGAAUUUCAAAUGUGCUUGAUUUAAAAGAGCAUCUUCAGAAGACUAUAAAGAAACUACCUGCAGGAAUCAAGCGAAAGUUGUGUUUUGCUCUAAGUAUGCUCGGAAAUCCCCAGGUUACCCUGCUAGAUGAACCUUCUACAGGUAUGGACCCUAAAGCCAAACAGCACAUGUGGCGAGCAAUUCGAACUGCAUUUAAAAACAAAAAGCGAGCAGCUAUUCUGACCACUCAUUACAUGGAGGAGGCGGAAGCGGUCUGUGACCGCGUUGCUAUUAUGGUGUCGGGGCAGCUGAGAUGUAUUGGGACAGUUCAACAUCUAAAGAGCAAAUUUGGAAAAGGUUACUUUUUGGAAAUUAAGUUGAAAGACUGGAUAGAAAACCUAGAAAUAGACCGUCUUCAAAGAGAAAUUCAGUAUAUUUUCCCAAAUGCAAGUCGUCAGGAAAGCUUUUCUUCCAUUUUGGCUUUUAAAAUUCCGAAGGAAGAUGUGCAGUCUCUCUCACAGUCUUUCUCGAAGCUGGAAGAAGCUAAACAUACUUUUGCCAUUGAAGAAUACAGCUUUUCUCAAGCAACAUUGGAACAGGUUUUUGUUGAGCUCACUAAGGAACAAGAGGAGGAAGACAAUAGCUGUGGAACUUUAAACAGCACACUCUGGUGGGAGAGAAGACAGGAGGACAGAGUCGUGUUUUGA